AUCCCUCGGCUCUGGGAACUAACUACCCGCCCAAUGCAUUGGAUGGUGAUGGACAAAUCAAGGAAACUAAUAUUAUGUCACAUGACGGGAAUAUGUUUUUGGAUCCUAAUAUGAUUGCACAAAGUAACAUUCCAGAGUAUGCAGAGGUGGGUUCGUUGCCACGGGAACUGCUAGACCACAAAAGUUUGAAUGUGUGCGGAAAAGAACACAACAUCACUCAACCAUAUGCGUCCACUACGCUAGUAAUGCCGGCAAACAUCAAAGACAAUUUGGAUAAAAAUUAUGGGAAUGGAAAUAAUCUUGAUAAACCAUGGUUGCAACCUCCUUAUUAUGGGAGUAAAAAGAGGCAUGAUAAAUCGAUUGAUACCGAGAAUUCCGGCGAUUCCUCGUCAUGUACACUGCCGUCGCACCUCCGAAUGCAUGACUCAAGUGCCACUAGCCCCGUCAGUGAUUCUGGCAGUUACACACAAG